UAAAAACACUAUUCCAGAUAUAUCUCUGUAGAAGUGUUUUUUUUUUUCUUUAUAUGUCAUUAAAAAAUAAACUAACCGGCAGCAUGGCUUCACACAGUAACCAGUAUAUCUUUGGGGAGUUCAGCCCUGACGAAUUCAAUCACUUCUUUGUGACUCCCCGCUGUUAUGUCGAGCUUCCCCCAUUCAAUGACAAAGUCCCAUGUGUCAGUCAGUCCUCUGGAGAGGAUUAUCAGUGUAUCAAGUUUGGGGUGGAUGAGGUUAUUGAUCUGGAGUCUGUUGGACAGAAAGAUUCCAUGUACAAAGUUUCCAGCACUCUUAACCCCCAAGCUCCUGAGUUCAUUCUGGGCAGCCAACCCUCACAGAAAGUCCUGGACAACUUUCAGGCUACUGACUCCAGCGGGUUCAACUCCAUUGACUGCCAACACUCUGAGCCCUCAUCUGUGGACAGCAACAGGGCUUGCCUGGACAUGGACAUGGACAUGGACGGGACUUCGGGCAGCCUGGGGCAGCGGGAGCGGAAAAAGAAGAAAAAGCGACCACCAGGAUAUUACAGUUAUUUGGAGGGGUCUAGUAGUAGCAACAGCAACAGCAGCAGCAGCAGCAGCAGUGCUCGCGUCCACCCUGAAACACACCUGGUAGUUGGACUGGUCAAUGGACAUGCACUGAAUGCUACUGGCCUUGGCAGCUUGGGAUCAGAGGAGGUGGGGACAGCUGCAGAGACCGCUUCUGAAUUUCCCAGGAGUAGCACUGGCAGCAGCACUACCACCCCCACUAUUAUUACUACCAUUUCACCCACAACAGUGUCGUCAGCCAUCAAUCGUAGGACUUGUGAAAGCCCUGACGACACUAUUUUUGACUUUAUGAGCGGAGCCAUAUCCUUAUCGGACAGUAACAACGCAGCCACCUCCUCUUCCUCCUCCCAGAGCAGUGGGGUGGCGGAGGGAGGCAGGACUGCUGAGCAGCGGCCCGAGCCUUGCACUCUGGGGAACACUGAACUGCUAUUUAGUGGAAGGGACAGUCCUAGUCCCACUCCUCCCUCUUCCUCAAUGAGGACAUCACUUCCGCAGGCAUCUUGCGUUGUUACUGCUUCUUCUGCUGCUAGUGUUAACGCUGCCAAUGACACAGCUCGUACUACUACUGAUGAGGAGGAGGAGGAGGAGGAGGAGGAGAAGGAGAUCAUGACCAGCUCUGUUUCCAACGGGCAGGUGGUUGCUGAGAGUUCUGGCUGUGGGGAAGCACAACAGGACUCGGCUGAGCUACUGCAACAACAGCUGGAGGCCCCUGAAGGCUCUGAUGCUGAGGCAAAGCUAGCAGAAGAUCUGGGUUUGUCUGCUGCUCCUCAGGCAAUAUCAGCGGGUGGUACUGCAGCCGCCCCCCCUUCCAAAUCCUGGGCCAGCCUCUUUCACAAUUCCAAGCCCCCUCCGGGUGGGCCAGUGGCUUACGUGGAAAUAAAAAGCAUGCCGCCCUCCUCCACUGCCAAUACCUCAAGCACAGAUCAGGCCCCUGAGCUACCAGGAGAGGUUAAAGAGAGUCCUAUUCAUGUGUCUGAGGAUCCCAUGGCUCCUAAGCUUGCAGAGUUGAUUGAGAAUGUGAAGCUGAUACACAAGCCAGUGUCGUUGCAACCAAGAGGGCUGAUCAACAAGGGAAACUGGUGCUACAUCAAUGCUACUCUACAGGCUCUGAUUGCUUGCCCCCCAAUGUAUCACCUGAUGAAGUCCAUUCCAAUGUUCAGUGAACCCCAGAGGUCGUGCACUUCCACACCCAUGAUUGACAACUUUGUUCGACUUGUGAAUGAGUUCAGCAAUAUGCCUGUAUCUUCCAAGGGAAAACAGCAAGCUGCUGGAGACAAAAUAGUGAAAGAUGUCCGACCCGGGAUUCCCUUUGAACCCACCUACAUCUAUACACUGCUUACUGUCAUCAAGUCCAGCCUCUCGGAGAAGGGUCGCCAGGAGGAUGCAGAGGAGUUUCUGGGCUUCAUUCUAAAUGGACUACAUGAGGAGAUGUUGUCGCUGAUAAAACUAAUCUCUCCACAAGAGGAACAAGUUUCUACAGUAAAUGGUCCAGAUUCCGGGCCUGGAUUAGAAGAGAAGGCAGAGAACGAGGAAGGUAGCGAGGAUGAGUGGGAGCAAGUGGGACCCAAAAAUAAAACCUCCAUUACCCGACAGGCAGAUUUCAUUCACACCCCUAUUACUGACAUCUUCGGAGGGCACAUCAGGUCUGUGGUUUACCAGCAGAGCUCGAAGGAGUCAGCGACACUGCAGCCCUUCUUCUCACUACAGUUGGACAUUCAGUCAGAGAAGAUCCGCACAGUGCAGGAGGCUCUUGAGACACUGGUGGCGCGCGAGUGUGUUCAGGGAUACACCACUAAAAGCAAGCAGGAGGUGGGAAUCAAGAACUCUCUCUUCCUUCUCUCUCCAACAGGGAUUGAGAUCAGCCGGAGAGUUACUCUGGAAGAGCUUCCCCCUGUUUUGGUCCUGCAUCUUAAGCGGUUUGUUUAUGAGAAAACUGGAGGGUGCCAGAAAUUGAUCAAGAACAUAGAAUACCCUGUUGAUCUGGAAAUCAGUAAAGAUCUGCUUUCACCAGGAGUGCGAAGCAAGAUUUUCAAAGGCCAACGAUCCUACAGGCUCUUUGCAGUUGUUUAUCAUCAUGGGAACAGUGCUACUGGCGGCCAUUACACCACGGAUGUCUUCCAUAUCGGUCGUAAUGGCUGGCUGCGCAUUGAUGACCAGGCAGUGAAAGUGAUCAACCAGUACCAGGUGGUGAAGCAGACUGCCGAGCGCACAGCUUAUCUUCUGUACUACCGCCGUAUCGACCUGCUGUAGAGCUCUUAAACGAAAACAAACUGUUUAACGAAACAAGAACACUGCCCAACUUCUCUUGCAAGACUUCCCCCUGCUUUUCCAGAGAGCCAGCCUUUCCAACGCCUUUAUCCUUUUAUCUUUUUGAAAAAUGAAGGAAAAAAAAAAAAAAAGCAAAGACUUACCUGAAAUGGCUUUCUUUUGUCCUUGCAGCACUGGGUUUUAGAAAAAAAUAGAUUGAGUUGGAAUGGGGAUUGAUGGAAUAAAAGGACUCUCUUUUCAUCUUUUCUUCCCCCAGCCUUGAAUUCUGGGAACUUUUUAAAUACAAAUUAAAUAAAAAAAACUAACCAGGUGAGGCUGCAAAAAGUUGGACUGGUGGAAAGUGUAUAUAUUUUUUCCUUUUAAUGAGGGCGCAGAGAAAUUGAACAUAAUGCCUUUCUACAAGGGGAGUUGACACAGUCCAAAUUGAUUUGCAUUUUCCACCUCUUCAAUUUGCCUAGUGCAAAAGAACUCUGCACCAGCAAACAAACUUGUGUAGAUCUUAAUGUAUGAAUACUCGAGUGCUUGUCUCCUGACUCGAAGAGUUCCUCUUCCCCUUUCUUUUCCUGCCUACCCCCUCUUUUGCUUUUUAAUCUAGGUAACACUUGAGCCAUUGAAAUGAGAAGAGAAAUGUUACUGUGUGCUUGAAAAAAUGCUUAUUUCUUUGUUUGAGAAAGCCGCUGUGGUUUCUGGGUGUAGAAUUAGAAUGAUGAAAAUCUAAAAUAAAUGAAAAUGCGCUUUAGGAUUUAAAAAGGCUUAAAUGCACGUAAAUAAAAAAUAUUAAAGACGUGCAGUGCAAUUUUUUUUUUGCGAUUUAACAAAGACAAAAUAAAAAGGUGUUUGGAGGAGAUGUGUGAUUGUCACUUUCACACUCCCUGGCAAGUUCUAAAAAGAACGAUGCUUUCUGUGUACACAAGCUGGAGAAAAACCAAUGAAGAUUGAAAUGUUCCAUAAUAAGCCUGCCUUUGUUUAGUUUUUGUCAUUACAUUUUUUUUCUCCCAUAAUGUUUAAGGUUUAACUGUACACAGUUCAUUGAUAUUUAUAGAACUCUAAGUGAACAUCCAUCCAGUAGUGUCACAGAGCUCGUUUGAGUUUGUUUUGCUCUGUGUAGUCCUCCUCAUGGUUCAAACUUGUCCUAGUUAGAUUACAAAUUUGUCGUUUAAAAUCGUGGCACUGCAGAUUUCUUUUAUUUCAUUCACUUCAAUUUCAUCUUUUAUAUAAAUUUGUUUAAACUGCUGCCCUUUCUACAACGCAGUGACUGAUUGCAAGACAUGCAUACCUCCUAAAAGCACAUAAAACAGGAUCAUCACAUUUGUUUGUAUUGGAGCCAUUACUUAUUUACUGGUUUUGUAUUAAUUUAAAUUUCAGUCUCUAUCAAAGUGAAAAAAUGAUUUAGUGGUUCCUAAUGUUCAGUGAUUUUCUUUUCCUUUGCCCAAUCACGUUUCUGUAUGUAUACUUUGUGCUUAAAUUACAUUUGGAUCAUUUAUACAAAUUAGCUUCACGCACAACAAGAAGUUGUGUUCAAAUCCACAUUUUUACAAAAAAUGCAGUGUUUCAAAAGUUGAAUCCCUUAAAAUGAAUAUUCAUCUCGGUGAAGUUUGUAUAUUUUUGAAAUGUAAUCUGCUUGUCGCUGCAGUGUGUGGACUGGUCACCUUUGUAUUAAAGUAUUAAAUGGAA